AUAGAUUCGGUUCAGAAAGUUUCGUCCACCAAUUCGUGAUUCUUCCCCAAGUCCUCGCGUCACAAUUUCCGCAUUUUUAAGUACUCAUUCGAUCUGCAUUAGUUUUUACCAAUCCUGUGCGACUAAAUCUAUAAUUCGUGCUUUAUCGUUCGGAAAACCGAACUUAAAAUCUCGACUUAUUACGUGCUGAACUUUGAAGUUUUCACCACUAGUGUCACUGUUAGGGAUCAUCACCACAUUUUCUUAUCAGUGGCGACCGAAAACCGAAAAGCUGAUAGUCGGCUUGGAAUGAGUUUACAGCAGGCAUGAUCUGUAAAGUUAGCUAUGGAGGCCGUAAAAAUUGAGCACUGUGAAGUGGAAACCAAGGAGACUUCGGAUGUUGACCCUCAAUUACAGAAUGGAAGGAAGCCAUUGCCUGUCGACAAAGAGCUGCUCCUGGAGAACGAAGUUAAACCUGUGUUUGCUGAAGACAAGUCUUAUCUUUCCAAUGAGAUUCCUGACAGCGGCAAAACUUUCAAUAACACAGAAGGUCCAAAAACAGGUAUCGUGUUUCACACUCCUCAAAACAUGUCGUCAGUUCACAAGUAUAAUCUUUCCAGUCUCAAGUAUGAAACUGCACUAGAACAUCCAUUGUCAGAAACAGCUGAGCCGCUAGACUUGAAAGAUUUAGACCUUGAGUUACCCUCUGUAGAAACUUAUAAAGUUGAGCCUGUGGAUUUUCCUAACAGCCCUCAAGAGCUUCGGCAAAACUUUGAAGCAUCAGGCGUGCCCAUGCCACAAGAAAUUGACUCUGGUGGCGGCACGGGUUUUAGCGAAGAUGAUGAUCACUCCAUGUACCAGGCUGUUCUAUCACCUGAUUGUCAAGAUGUCAGGUUAAAAAGAGAAAAACCACCUCCUGCUGUUGUUUCGUCUGGUCGGCGCAAGAUCAUUCCUGAGCCCAUGAAGACAGGAAUAAUGGAUGAUAUUAGUCUAGAUAGUGAUUUAAGUGAUGAUGACUUUGAUGAUCAGUUUCUUAGUCCAGGCUUAGAUUCCCCCGAUGAUAUAGAAGACUCAAUUCUGGAGCAAUUGGAUACUUCAGUAUUUGAUAAGCCCGAGCCAAUUCCAGAGUUGUCUGCGAAAGAGGAAUUGGAGGAAUCUAGAAGUUGGCAGUAUUGCACAGUAGGUGGCGUUGAUCGUCAAAUCGAUAUGAAAGUAAUUGAACCAUAUAAACGAGUUCUAUCGCACGGUGGCUACAUGACUGUCGGAUCUCAUAAUGCCAUGAUUGUUUUCAGUGCGUGUUUUUUACCCCACCGUAGUCGAGCGGACUACAACUAUGUCAUGGAUAAUUUAUUCUUUUAUGUUCUUAAAACCUUGGAUCAGCUCGUGACGGAGGAUUAUGUCCUCAUUUACUUGCAUGGUGCCACUGCGAGAGACUGCAUGCCCAAGUUUGGUUGGCUUAAACGAUGCUACCAAAUGAUUGAUCGUAGACUACGCAAAAAUCUUAAAAAUCUGUACCUAGUUCAUCCUACGUUUUGGCUUAAAACAAUUGUUCUCAUGACCAAACCUUUUAUUAGUUCUAAAUUUAGUAAAAAAAUAGUCUUUGUUAAUUCUUUAGCUGAACUUAAUGAAAUUUUACCUGUGUUAGAGCAAGCAAGUAUUCCUGAUAGGGUGAAGCAGUAUGAUCGUAUUAUGUUGAGCAUGGAAGGUCGUUAAAUCAAAUUUAUGUCCUUAAAGACUGUAUUGCACACAAGCACAAAGAAACAAGGGACUGUAAACCUGUAUUUUUUUUCCAGGUCACAGCCCUGUCUCAUCCAAGUCAGCAUAUUUUUUGUUUGAUGUGUGUGUGUCAGCCAUAAGAUUUAUGAGAGACUUAUUUUCUGGUGACAGCUCUCUGCUGUAGAUUAAACAUUUUUUCCCCUGCCUGCAAGUUCUUUGUUUUGAAAGCUCUUUCUAUCCUCGUCAAGAGCCUUAAAUAGUGAAAUUAUUAAAACCCAUUUUUCCUGAAAUAGUAAUAUGAUUUGCUCUCGGAGCUGAACAUUUUUCAUUUGUCUACGCAGCACAUUAUUUUCCAGUUUUGCCAACAAAUCGUUGAGGACCCUUACUGUGUUGUAGAUCUCUAUUUUGGCAGGAGUUGCAAAUUUGUUCAAAUUUUUUUUUAAUAUCGAUGCCUUUUUUGAAACCUACUUUUAAUGAUAGGUAUGUGUUUGGAUGGAUCCUAAGUUGAUAUGUUUUUUCAAGACAUCAGUGAGGAAGCAUCUUAUUUUUUUAUUUGGAACACACAGGGUGUCUGAAAGAAAGAAAUUCCUUGAAUGUGUGAACAUCGCUGAUAAAUUUGGAAAAUUUUAAAUGAUCUGUAUCCCUUAGAAGGAAAAUUACCGUUGACUUAUAUUCAAACAAAAUGUUGGAAAAAGCUUAAGACAUCUAAUCAAGAAAGCAUUUCAUAUUCCAUUGAAUCAUUUUAAAGUUCUGCUGUACAUUCCAUUGAAAAAAUUCAGUCAGCAUUGUUGCCUCUCAACUAAAUUGGCUUUGGCUGGAAUUAAAGAAACUUCCCCAAAAAUCCACUUGUCGUUACACUCACUCUAUGUACAUAGUACCUAUCACAGAUAAUGUAGCAUCAGUUUUGUGUGGUUCUUUGAUUUUAAGGUGUUCUUUUUGGUCCCCCCUUAAUUGGAUUAAUACUCCGUUCAUUUUAGGUACCAAAAGCAAUGAAAAAUGCAAGUUUUUUUUUUUUUUUUUUAAAUCAUCAAAAUUGGAGUGUGUUGCAAGUGGCAAUAUCAUUCAUAAUCCCCCCCCCCCUUAAUUUGUCCCUCCCUCUUCUCUUUCAAUAACAAUGUUUUCCCCCCUUCAAAUGAAUUAUUCUUAAAUGACAAUUUCUGAAUGGGUAGUUACUGCCAUUUGCAUUAACCCCCUCCUCUUUUUUUUGAACUAUGUUUCGGAAGAACUUUUCUCAAAAACUGCUCUCUCUUUUUCAGUUCCUUAGGUGCUAGUGUCUUUAACAUUCCUGGCUCCUUAUUAAAAGUUAAGUGUUAGUCAUAUGUCAGGGCGCACAUUAAUCGGUGUAAAUUUCUUUCCAGUUAAUUUGCUGAAAUUACUAUAAUGCUAUUGUCUAUCUUUAAAUGUGCCUAUCAAAUCAAAAGCUAUCAUUUUUCAGUCUAGCCCCAAAACUAUUUAUUCAUUGGAAACGUAGCUGCUUUUGUCUCAAGAAUUCAGAAGCAAGUGAGUUUCCUUGUGCCAUGAGUCAAAUUUUCAUGGUUAAAGAAUUGAACUCUGUAGACGGUCAUUGUUACAAAGCUAAAGCAAGAACAUCUGUCUAAAGGUUUUAUGUAUAUUUUUAAUUAGCUUUUGAUUCAAUUUAGUUGGCACUGUAUCCUUUGGUCUUUGGAUGUACUUAAAAAUAAGAGGAUUUUUGUAAGUCAAGUCAAAGAGAACCAACAAAAAAAUUUAAAAUUCAGAUCCUCAGGACAAUAAUUAGUAUAAUUGAAGCAAAUAAUCGGGUGAAAUAUCCUCAUGUUUGCAUUUAUGUUUUUUUUUUCUACUGUAUACACGCAAUAUGUGUUGAAUUUAAGUAUGUACCAUAUUUUUUCUUCUCUUUCAUUCUUAUCUUUUUGCCUGUCAAUUUGCUCAGAUAUGUGGUCUAGAAACUAUUUAUUACUAGGAACUGUCCUUCUUCCAAAUGAAGAUGACACAAAUUCGGAAAGAGCAGAGAGAUAUCAGACAUCUUAAUCCAUUCAAAGAAAUGCCUCAUCUUUUCAUCAUGGAUGGGAAUUUGAGGGCGAAUAAUUUGUCUGUUCGAAAAAAUAACAAAAUGUUAGGAUUUUUUAAAAUGUUAAAAUAUCUGGUACGAUGGUAAUUGCAGCCAUAACUGAGUCUAAUCAUUCGUUCUGCCAUACUGCCGUUCUACAGAAGAAUGCAGCAACCUUCGGUGUUACAAAAUUUUCUUUGAUAAAACAAAUUUUUUUAAAAAAUUUUGAUGAUUUUUCUUUCAAUUUUUCUGAGAUUAUUACUUUAAAUGUAAAAUCUAAAAUAGUUAUCUGAAAAUAUCAAAGAAAAAUAUGCAUCACUUCGCUUGAAAAUAAAUGUUGCAUUGAAGGAAAUUUGGCAACAUUCGGUUGUUCUCAUGGCAUGUAUUAUUCGUCUGAGCUAUCGUUUCUUAUCGUUGGUAAUGUUAUGAAAGAUCACAGAAAGAAAAUCAAUUCAAAUUUUUUUUAUAUUCCCCAUGCUGUUCGUAGUUUUAUUGGUUAUCUUAAUUAAUAUUGAAUGUCUCUAAAGGUGAAACUCGUUCUGUUUGUUGGAGGAAAUUUAUCUUUUGACAGGGGAUUUUUUUUAUUUUCUGUACUUCAUACUUUGUCAGGAAUUUUAUUUUUUCAUAUGUACUUAUUUGGAACAAACUUUCUAUCUUUUUGUUUGUCGAGAGUAACAGCUCCUUUCUUGCCAAUCACCAUACCAUGGUGUAUCACGUUAAGUGAUGGUCAAUGUUGAAUGUUAAUGUUUUAAGCAUGGUCCAAGCACUGAGGUUAGUCAUUUCACAGAUUCCACAGCCCAGUCCAUCGGGUUGAUGAUGCAAAGUGGUCAAUCAAAAUGGGAUCAGCCGAGCUUAGGAAACAGUAUUUGGAAAAAAUUCGAACUUUCUAGAGAAAGGCACUGUAAGUUGUGAAAGUAUUUUUCCCGCUAUUUUUCUUAACAUCAUGCUCAAAGUGAUCUCAUUUUUGUACAUCGGAAUGACUGACCCCAGUAGUUACAUCAUGGUUUUCAAUUCAUCUCCUGUUUCGGCUCUGGCGUUUUUUCUAAGUGGUGAAAAAAGCAUUAAUCAUUCCUUUCGUUAUCAUUGCAUUUAUUUGUUUGUGAACCAAUGAAAAUAAUUUGUAGGGAUGAGGCCAUCCUACAUGCAUCUUGAAUCCUCUCAUCUAAUAAAUUAAUUUCAGAAACCCAACCUGAAUCUGUAUUAUUAGUUAAAUCACCUUUGAUUAUAAUUUUAACAUUCCUUAAAUUGAUUUUUUCAGAGGGGAAUUCUAUGAUUUUAGAAGGUUACGUCUUCUUUUCCUUUAAACUAGGAACAAAUGAACUCAGUUGUCCGAGAUCGUCAACCUCAAUCAACUCUUGUAGCUAACUUUUUCUUUAUUUUUUACUUCUCUCUGUUAUUAGAGAAUACGUUUUCAAGGGAUCAAAAGUCAGGUAUUUGCAGGAAAGAAAGAAGAAAACAGUAAAGGGUAACUUUUGCCAAUUUGAUAUUCUUAAUGUCUACUUGACUGACUAAUUCCAUACCGAAAGUAAGGUCAGGCAGGCUUUGAAACUUUGAAUCCCCUUUGCAACAUCAUACCUCCUCAGCAUAUUUGAUUUAUUAAGUGUAAAAUUAAGCUACAGUAUUUCUUGAAAAUGUUCAUGAUUUUUUAUACUUUUUUAAAAAGAAAAUUCUAUGGAAAGUUCAAGCACUAAAGUAAUACAGUGGACUCCUGAUUAUCCGAGCUAAUUGGGGCUAGUCCGAUCUUGGCCAUGAUCAAUGGCUAGAACACCAAUACCAAGUAUUUGGUAUGACCUACACUGCAUAGAUUGUAAGCCAUCCUCCCCCCCCCCCUCUCUAUCACUCUGCUUUUGCUAUUUUUAUUAAAAAUCAAAUGGGAUGGACUGAUUAAAUCACUAGUGCUGCCUUACAUGCUUCAAUACUUGGCCUUUGUACUAUCAGAUGUUCCACCCAACGCAGUCUAUCAGCUCCUAGAUUCAGCUGUGUGCACUCGCCAAAUCAUUUCAGAUAAUACAGUGUUUGGAUAAUUGGGAGUUUACUGUUCUCUCUUCACAGAAAAUUGAAGUGGAGCAAAAAUUCAAUGCAUGUAUUUCGAGUGUUAACUCUUUGAUAUAAAGAGUGUCUGGUAUAUUCUUGGUUUUCAAAUUGAGUGAUUUGCAGAGCAUUUUGUGUAACGCCUUUUAACACUCUCGCCGUUGAUCUGACCUCCAAAAAGCGCAUUGUCUAAAAUAUGUUCUACUUUUGCGCCAGAUUUCACCAAUAUAUUGUUAAAACUUAUUUUGUUAUAUUGUUCAAACCAUAUUAUCGGGUGCCUUACACCAAGAUCCUAUGUAGAAUUAAGUAUUACUUAAAAGCUCAUCGCGAUCUAUAAUUUCAUCAAAAAUUACCGUUUUAAACUCAUAUUAUCUUCGGUCUAAGCUCCAAGUCAUGGGUAGUUUUAUCAACCUAGGCUUUUUCAGGCAACCUCAGGCAGUAAACAGACACUCUUUAUAUCUCUCUAAAAUCAAGAUUUUAACCUUUGCUGCCGAUCUUUCCAUCCUGUUACAAAAUGAACUGAAUUUCUGCAGAAAGCUGUGCUGCUUCUGGGCAGUCAUAUCGGUAAAUCAGUCAAUUUUUUACUUCAAUUUUUUUGACUGCAGGUUAUAAGAGCCAUACUUUUAUCUUUGAAAAUGAGUCUUCUUCACUACCAUAUAUAGCCAUCCAAAGCUAGGAAAACUACAUGAUUGCUCAGGAAAGGAGAGUGUUUAUUUCAUGUUGUCCAGUAGAUAUGCAUCCAGGAAGUACCCUCUGAGAAUUAGAGAAGUAGAAUGUAAGAAUGAGACUGUAAUAAGAAUUUUCACCUCAAGUGGUGAAAGUUAUUUGCUGUCCCUCCUGUUAAUCGUUUACUUAUUACCUUCAUUAGUAUGUUUUGAAAACUAUGCAACCCUUACCCGUUUCCUGAUAUUAUUUUUAAGAGAAUACGAAACUUCCCCAUUCCAUAUUUUCCCAUUCUUUCACGCUUUGACUUUUUAAUUGUUAUUUUUUGUUUCUGUUCCUAAAUUUAAGAAAGGAUGAGACUCCUUUUUGCUGUUGUAAAAAAGUCAAAAAUCACCUUUCGUAUGUAAUGCUACCCAUUGAUUCAUAUUUUUUUUGGUGAUUCUUUAAUACACAGACAUGACUCUACCGUAAAGUCAUCUCACUAUAUCGAUUUCAAAUGCAUUACAGCCAAACAACUAGCAGCACUAUCUAGUCAAACGUUAUUUGCUAAUGACUUUUCACUCAUUGGUCCCCAAAAUUAGAAUAUCUUAACUUAUUAUUUACUUUAUUCUUUUUAACUUAGAAGAGAAGAGUUAAAAAAAAUGGAGGAUUUCUCAGUCUUCUCCGAGAUGAAUGCAGAUAUGCCAACGAGUUCAAGGAAUAUUUCCUAUCUACUUGAAAUCACCGAGUUGUGAUAUCACUGAUAUCAGUAUUACAAAGUGGUCUCAUGAGAAUUUUUUUUGUUGCCCAAGUUCGGAGAAGAUAAAUCUUGAACUUAGGAAAUUUAGUUUUUAUUAUGUUGUCAUAUUUAUUUACAUGUGUACUAAAGUGUAAAAUUUGUUCUAGCCCUGAUUAUUUUUUUUUUCACUUAGAAUAACCUUUCUUUGUUGGCCAGCAGUAUUCUUAUUUUUAUCAGGUUUACAUAUCAGAUUCUAACUUUGUAAGAUUCUGAAUCCUGUAUUUAUUAAAGCUUUCUUGGUUGAUCAAGUUUCUAAUCAUUAUAAUUUUCUCAAAAACGUAUCGGAAAAAAAAAAAAAAAAUAAUCAUAAUCACAAAUGAAUUUUCUUAUGUCAAGAAUUCUUCCUCCAACAGGUGCCCAGCCUUGUUUUUAUCUAUUUUUUUUCGAUUCUUAUAAUAACACUUUAUUUUUCAAGUAGUUAUUUUGAUCUGUUUCAUCAUGAAGACGUAACUUUCAGCAGAACUGGUCUAGGUAAUGUAAAAGUGUUCAGUGUUUCACAGUAGGCUCUCCAUUUAGUUUCUAAUAUUCAGGUAUUCUUGGAUGUUUCAGUAGCCUUUCGGUGUAAAGUUUCACCCCUCCAUGUGUACACUUGUAUCCACUAAAGUCUUAAAUGCUUUUUCAAUCCUGUGUAAAUAAAAUAGUUUUGUCUUUCUCACAAAACAAGCAAA